AUGAGCCUCAGAAGAAUCAAGGUGCAGGCAUCUAGAUACUUUACUCGUCGUGGAUCUUGUAUAUUAUUUGUUAUCCUGAUAUGGUUCCUCUUUUAUCAUCUUCCAGCUCCGCCUUCCACCCAGAACAAUACCCGGGCAGACCGACCACCCCCAGAGCAUCGAGUAGAGGACACGGCCCGAUUUAUCUACCGCUCUCCCUUUCGAAACGAUCCGAAUGUUCAAUACGAACAACAGCUAUCAAAUGCGCUGGAAGAGAUUGAAAAAGCCGUAUUGACACAAAGGAAAAAUAAGGACUGGAUAUACACAUUAGUCACUGAUAAAAAGGCCGUCGAGUUUUUGACCAACGAGCUGUCCGCCAUCCCCGAAAUCGCAACCAUAUACAAAUCCUACCCUCAAAAUAUCCUCCGAGCAGACCUCCUCAGAUACCUCCUUCUCUGGUACUACGGAGGCUUCUACGCAGACAUCGAUGUCUUCCCCGCUCGGAGCAUCAAAGCAUGCCCAGCACUAGAGCCUUUCUUCGCACUUACACCAGACGGAUACACAAAAAGUACCCAUCCCGAUAUAUCGCUCGUAGUUGGAAUCGAGGUCGACGAGCCAUACGCUUCACCGGAAUUCAUGCGCGACUGGCACUGGACAAGGAGCUACGGACUGAUCCAGUAUACGAUGUAUGCCCCACGACGCUUCAGCCCGCUUCUCCGCGAAACCAUCGUGCGGGUCCUGGCACAUACUAGGCAAUACAAUGGAGAACAUACCAGCUUCUUCCCCAGUCUGGCGUAUGACGAGAAGACUAUAUUAGGAGUCACGGGGCCUGAUGUCUUCACGGAUGCGAUUCUUGACACACUUUCCUCCUCGCUUCCUUCGACUCAUCCGUUCAUUCAAAAAUCUGUCGACGCAGAUGCAGAUAUAGGGGAUCUAAUCUCUGCUGAGACUGGGGAGCUGGAGAAACGGGUAACGUGGGCUCCGUUUCAUAGACUCCGUGACCCUGUAUGCAUUCAGGCUGGUGAGGCUGUCCCGAAUGAAUCCAUGGGUGGAUUGUGUGUGUUGCCAAUCAGUGUUUGGGGGAAUGGGCAGAGACAUAGUGAGGCGGGAGGGUUUAAUCAUCCUGACGCAUGUGUCAAUCAUCGGUUUGGGCGAACGUGGAAAAAAGGGUGGUGGGAGUAUAUAUUUGGGUGA